UCACGCGCGGACACAGCCUUCAAGGAUGCCCGCCCGGUUCAAACAGCGCCCGUAAACAAACACAGCAUUCCUCCUUUCUUAACGAAAGCAGGAUAUGAUUGUGUACACCUGAGGAUUUCGAAUAGUACGAGCGGCACGUCUUACUGCGUUGGCACUAUCCCUCGAAGCUCCACUGCGAGCACGUCGCUGUGUGCGCGGUCACAGCCGCAAUGCCCAGCUGUUGUGUGCCAGGAUGCAAGUCGCGCGGCUCACAAGGAGUACCAGCCACCUCCUACCAUUUGUUUCCCAAAGAUGCCGUUCGUCGGACAAAGUGGAUAGAAGCAAUUUGGCCCCCGCAUAUUCGCCGGGAACCUGCCAAGGAAGCUCAUGUUUGUUCGAAGCAUUUCUUAGAGGAGCAUUUUGAUCGCACGUCCGCGUUCAAAGUCCGCCUACGAGAGCAUGCAGUUCCUACUCUCUUGCUACCUCAUCCAGUACAACAAGGUUAUAGAGCACCUGAUGCAGCAAGCACCGAUUCAUCCUUUGAUUCCCCUCAGCUCAUGCAAGGUUGCGCUGAAGGCUUGCUGCUGCUUGCACAGGUUGCUGCAACUUCUCAUGAAGGCCUCCAAGCUUGCCUCUCCACACCUGCAUCGCCUGACUUAGCUGCAGGCUUCCACGGGCAGUCCACACUCCAACAGGAAGCCAUGGAUAUACAGCAUGAAAGUGCAGAUCCAAUCAGUUUACCUGACCCAGAUCCCUCCAACCUAAGUGCCAGUCAUUUCAUCGAGCCAGCACUUGUACAGACUCCCAUGGAUAUUGGUGAGGAGAGUGAAGCACAGGCCAGCAUCGCCACACCAGGUCCAUCCGGCCAAGUUGCUGGUAUUCAAUGGGAGCCGGCCCAUGAGCAGGAAUUACAAAGGCCAGAAGACAUGCCGGCACCAUUUGAAACACCAAGAAAAAGAAAGCAGGCAAAGGUCGACACCCCUGAAAAGGCUUUUUUGCGAGCUCGCACAGCAAGACUUGCCUCAGAGCAGCAAAGAUCAAGGAAAGCAAUCAAAAGACUUCAGCAGUCCAAGAGGCGCCUUAAAAAACAAAAUGCCGAAUUGAAAUCAGUUUUGAAAACACUAACCAAAGAAAACAUUUUGCUCAGAGAGCAGGUUUCAGUGCUUGACACUCUAGAGUGCACCAUCGCCAUGCACCCAUAUGGUGUAGCGCUCGGCUUCGACAUCCUUCGACACGACUCAUCCGUGUCUAGCACAGCGGAGGCUUGGUAA